AUGGAAUCAACAAAGCUUUUCUCCUCCCCACAGCAAACUCCACGGCAACAGUUUUCCACCAGGAAACCGUGCUGUCGGCGACUAAGCAUAGCCAUGGCCUUUAAUAAACGAGACCAUAACGAUCAUGGUAGCCUUGUGGAUGAUAACAUGAUUGUACUGAGAGUACGUAUGAGGGAGAUGAAGAUGAUGGAGGAAUUUGAUUAUCCACCUUCCCAUUGGAUGGAGUGGGAGAAGCAAUAUUAUGCGCACCAUAACUACAAUACUGAUAUUUGUGAAGCUGUAGGUCUGCUACAAAAUUUCUUGAUGAAUAUCAGGCCAAGUCUGGCUUUAGGGAUUCUAGCACUUCUUUCCACUUGUGUGCUCAUCUCUACUGGGGUGGUUUUCUCCCAUGCCAUAGAGAUCACUAAGAGAAUUUUGUCUGGGUUUCAUCUUGGCUAA